UUCUGUGUCUUCUGUACCAAACUUCAGUUUCCUUUUUAAGUACUUCGCAGCUUCUGUUAUGAGCCAUGGUUUGUAAAGAGGAGGUAUUUAUGUGGUUUCAGAAUCUCAAAGGAUCCAAACGAAUAGAAGCCAUGUGUGGCUUUUUCAACAUGUGUUAUCCAUUGGAGCUACGAUUCUACGGAACAUGCUUAGAAGAUUUGGGGAGGCGAGAUUUCUAUACAUUUAGAGACGAAGAAGUAAAAGCAAACACCCUGGGAGAAGUUUUGAAAAUCAGGGACAUAAGUGAGUCUUGUGUACGGAGUAAACUGAUCGUUGUUUUAAGCCUACUUAAUUCUUCUAAUUUGCACUGUGCAAAGGAACUUUUUAACAUUUUAUCGGAAGAAAUAAAAAUUGAGAGCUUGGCGUCUUCUGGAGUGUUUUCUGAUCCGAAGAUCGUCGAGGAGUAUUUAUUGCUUUUAACUAUUGCCCAGCAUCAUCCUGCAUUUACGUUUGCGCAGCAAACUUUCCUCAGUGAAUUGAGUAUAUCUUUAGAAAGUUAUGCCAAAGAACUGAAUCCAAGAAUUAAAUACGAGUAUAAUGAAACAUGCCUGUCUGGUCACGUAUUUCCCUGUGUUGGUGUCCUUAGCUCACCAAGUCCACCUGAAAGAGAAAUAUUUAAUAAUUCUUUUCAAAGCUAUCGCUAUGCAACGGCAUUUCAACGUAGAUCUGAUAUGCACCAGAAUCCAGUUCGAAUCAGGAACUUGAAAGUAAAACCACCACAUAAGAAAAUGAAUGUGCGAAUAAGAGUUUUAUGGGGAAAUGGUAAAAAUACAGAUGCCUUCAAAACUCCUCAUGACUUGCUAGUCUUCCAUCAGAAGCUCAUACAGCAGUUUCCUACUGAGGCAAAAAAUAUUAGUCAAGAAAAGUGCAUACCAACUCUUCCUCAUUUGAUUGCAACUUGGAAUAAGCAGAGUAUAUUAAAUGAAGGAAUAAUUUCUUCUGUUUCAGAAUAUAUACAGCAGUUGAAUUCUCGUUUACCUAGCUAUGUUCUUGAAAGUGAUUUUGUCACAACUUUCUUCAUGCCUUCUACUCAUAAUCGACCUAUAUUUUCAAGGAGCAAUAGGAACGUGGAUUGCCAGCAUGAAUUGCCCCCCAAAAAUGCUCGAUUACGUUCCCUCACAAUUUACAAUUCCCAAAUGGCUGAUAGCUCUCCAGGACAUCAGCAUGAUACCAAACCUAAGAACCUUCAAGGACCAGCAAGGAGGGAGACAGAAAAUAGGAGCAGUGUGUGCAGUAGAGUGUCUCCUCCCACUUCACCAUUGCAGUCUCCUUCUUCGUCACCAUAUACUUCCCCUGUAAACUCUGAAACAAAUUCUCGUUGUGGAUCACCCUGGAGUCAUGCUGCUGUACCAUAUUCAGAUCGCAGUACCUGUACUAUUCUUCCUAAUACAAUAUCUGUUGAAAGGAGCCAACCAAAGGAUCUAAUCUAUGACCAGUGGGACUCAUUACGACAGUGCAGAAUAGAAGAGCUCCAAGCUAUGCCUAAUGAAGGAUUAGAAGCACUUGGAAUCCUGAAAGAUGCAACUCUCAGGAAAUCUCUGGAUAGAAAAAGCCCACCGAAUGGAUUGCUUAACAACUAUAUUCCUAAAUGUGUUGCUGUUGUCAAGCCUGGAGCCUUAACUCAUGUUGCUAGUAAUGAUAGUUCUCCUGCAUGCUCAGAGUAUUCAAGUCCCCCUCAGAGUCCAUCGCCUGCUGAAGUCUACAAUCAAAGUAGUUCUUUAAGUUCCAGCAAUGAAGACAGUAAUGAUAAAAGGACAAGCAAAUCUCUUGCAGAAGUGGGCAAAAUUAGUGAAACUGAAUCAAAUGUUCAUGAUUCCAAUUUUAAGCGGCCAGAAGAUGAUAUUUUGUUAAAAAGUAUAAAUCGCACUUCCCUUUCUGUACUUCCUUUUGCGGCACCAUAUACUACUAUUGUUACGCCAAUACCACCUCCUCAAAAUAUAAAACCUGCAUAUUUGCCUGUACCAUGUCGAACAAAUAGUGCUCCUCAACAUAUAAGUCCUGGUACAGUUGUUUUUGAUAAUCAAUUUUCAAGGGUACCCUUACCAAGUGCACUUACUUUUCUACCGGGACAACCAAGAGCUCAUACUGUCACACCAGAUAGAAUCUUAUCAUCAACAAAUUUACCCAUAUCAACAGUGUCCCCAUUUCCUGUGACUUCUGGAUCUGUCACAGUACCAAGUGCUUCUUGUAGCAUAACUACUCAAAAAAGUAGUAAUGUUACAGCUGUAACGAACUCUGGAGCAUCAAGUAGGUCAAACCAAAAAAGGGACAAUGACAUGGGGGCAAAAGUUGUACAACAGUCUUCAGAAACUCCGUAUGCAACGGGAUAUAUUUUAUCUUCCACAACGCAAUUAACUGCUGUGUCUUGUUCUUGCUUUACAACCAACUCUGCAAGGCCGUCCCCCGCCCCCUCGCCUUCAAUGUCUCCUGGAACAACUCCACAGCCAUCCGCUGUGCCGGUAUCGUUGCCUUACCUUGGAAUGCCCUAUGUGUUUCAUUCUAUACCAUUCCUGCAGGCCCAAGCACCAGCAAAUGGCUUUGUACCACAGCCCGGGAUGGCAAAUCCAGGACAAGGUUACAGUUAUGCCUUACCAAAUGGAAUAACUGCUAUACCUCCCGAGCUUAUGUAUCCUGGACAAACUUUCACACUGCAAUCGCCUUCUACUCAAGGAAGUCCUGGACAAGUUGCUUCCCCAUCUCAAUGUUAUGGUGCAUUUCCUCAAACUACUGCUGUCCCAUUAAAAUUAAUAACGUGCUAUAACUGUGGUAAAGUUGGUCAUCGUGGUACAGAUUGCAAGGAACAAACCAUGGAUGAUAUAAACAAGACAGGAAGGUUCCAAUUGAAUUACAACCCGGUACCAAAGGUUAUCGAUAGUCAUGAAUAA